AUGGCGGGAGCUCGGCUGCGGGGCGCGGGGCGCGGGCAGUUCCCGCUGCUGCGGCUGCUGCUGCUGCUGGCCGUGCCCGUGCCCGGGGCAGAGGCGCGGAGGGCCGGGUGGCCGCCCUGCCCCGCGGCCUGCGAGCCCAAGCGCUGCCCGCCGCUGCCCACCUGCGCGGCGGGGACGACACCGGUGCCCGACCGAUCUGGUUCCUUCAAGGGCUGUCCUUGCGGGGCCGCAGGAGGGGACACCGAGGACUGGAAGGAGGAGGACGGGAGGGGGCUGAGCUCUGGGACCGGAGGCGCCGGGCGGCCCCGGAGCGAGCACAACUUCCUCGCCGCCGUGGUGGACAAGGUGGCACCGGCCGUGGUCCACCUGCAGCUGUUCCGCAGGUCACCUCUUGGCAGCCAAGACAUUCCUGCGUCCAGUGCCUCUGGGUUCAUAGUGUCCCAGGAUGGGCUCAUUGUCACCAACGCACACGUCCUCUCGAACCAGCAGCGGAUCCGGGUGGAGCUGCAGAGCGGGGUGCAGUACGAAGCCACUGUCGAGGACGUGGACCAUAAACUGGAUCUCGCACUGGUGAAGAUUGAGCCGAAGACUGACCUUCCUGUACUGCUGCUGGGAAGAUCCUCUGACCUGCGGGCUGGAGAGUUCGUGGUGGCCUUGGGCAGCCCGUUUUCUCUGCAGAACACGGUGACCGCAGGGAUUGUCAGCACUACACAGCGAGAGGGCAAAGAGCUGGGGCUGAAGGACUCGGACAUGGACUACAUCCAGACUGAUGCCAUAAUUAACCAUGGGAAUUCCGGGGGGCCCCUGGUGAACUUGGAUGGGGAUGUGAUUGGCAUAAACACGCUGAAGGUGACUGCGGGAAUCUCCUUUGCGAUUCCUUCAGAUCGAAUCAAGCAGUUCUUGGCAGAAUACCACGAGCGCCAGCUGAAAGGAAAGGCUUUUUCACAGAAGAAAUACCUGGGUCUGCGAAUGCUGCCCCUCACUAUGAACUUUCUCCAAGACAUGAAAAGGCAGGACCCAGACUUCCCUGAUGUGAGUUCCGGGGUUUUUGUGUAUGAAGUGAUUCAAGGAACAGCCGCUGAAAGGUCUGGGUUGCGAGACCACGAUGUAAUUGUCAGCAUAAACGGGCAAGCUGUUACUACCACAAGUGAUGUUACUGAAGCUGUUAAGGACAAUGAUUCCCUUUCCAUCGCUGUUCGUCGGGGAAAUCAAAUUUUAUUUCUGACAGUCACACCUGAAAUAAUCAAUUAAGUAUCUUGCUUUAAAGAGAGAUUAUCUAACAAAACCAAAGUUAUAUUACCUGGUUUGUAUUGAAGAUGUGCCAAAGAUGGCAAGAGGCUUUAGCUUUCUCUUUCUUAUAGAGAAAAAGAGAUACUUUAAAUACACAUAUAUUCAGGGAUCACUAGGUUGGGGGUGCUGUACUGCGCUAGGAAGACUCACUAAGCCAGGUGGAAGGAGGACACGGUGUCAGGCGGUCAGGGGAGCUGAUAAAAUCUUAUUUAAAGAAAGGAAACAAAAAACAGGGACAGUUUCUAAUUUAACCAUGAUAGAGGGACCUUUUAGUAUUUUGAACCUUCUCUAUAGCCACAAACUAGAUAUAACACACACAUACAUAAAUAGAUGUAUCCACCAAGUAUUUAGAAACAACCUGAAUCCCGAGGGCAAAGGUACUCACAUUUUUAAUAAUACGCUUUAAUCAGUUUUGCAGGUUGUAUCACGUUUGGCCAGGGUUUGUGGAUAUAGAGUGGGAAUUGUUUAGAAGUCAAAUUGAAACUGACAAUUACCAGUUGUCACACAGGAAUGUUACUAAUCAUUCUUCAAUUAUCGUCCUAGCAGUGGAAACAACUUUGGUCUCCAACAGUUUUGUGAGAAAGGCUUCUUCUAUAAAAUAGCUUCUUCAAUAAUUUAUAGACUUCUGGCUUUUUACUCAAGCUCUUCUUCCUGGCAACAUUAAUUAAUGAUUUCAAGUCUUGGAGCUGCCAAAGAUUUUUAAGAAAACAACUUCUGAUGGGUUUUGUGAAUAUCCUUAGGGAGAUUAAAAAAAAAACGUGCGACGAGGCAGAAUUUAUGUCUUAAAAGUAUCUUAUUUUGGGUAAGACUUUAAUUUUAGUUUUUGUUUUCCAGACUUUCCUUAGAAGUGAGGCUUUUUUUUUUUUUUAAAUAUGGCAUCCCCGAGCCCCCUUAAAUUCUAUGCAAAAUUUUAUGUGUAUGUCCAUAUUUCUGGGGAGAGUCUAGUUUCUAAAUCCACAAUAAUUAAAAAAAAAAUACUGCCUUAGGGUAUAGAGAUUAUGAAUUAAGAGUCUACCUGUACUGGCCACCCACCCCCCGCCACCUGAAAAAAAAAAGAACAAAGAGUCUACUAAUUAUUAUGGUUAUAAGCAAGGUUAAGGCCAUGGUCAGUGUGGUACAGAACUUUCAUGACAGAACAGAAUAAUAUGUUUAAAAUUUUUACACAAUUGCCAUCUUUAAUAAUGUAAGAACAGUGAUCAUAUUAAUCAGCGAUGAUAAUGCAGAAAAUCUCAGGCAAGCUGCUACAAAAUGAUAGAAUGUAUCCAGGGAAGUUAUUUUAACUGUUAUUCUUGGUCUUUAAGUCAAUUAUUCUGAAAGUAAACUUUGAGUAGUUCUACCUGUAUUGUUUCUAGAAUUUGUAAAUUAUUCUGAAUAGGAGGCUCUUAGUUUGACUUGUCCACAAAUUUCACCUUUUAUUUAUAUUUAUCAGUUCUUUUCAACUUAGAUUGCAAAGGAUGGGAACUAAGUUUUUAAAACCACUUAUAAUUCGGAACAUUUCUUUUUAUUCCCAGUCCAGUGACUUGGGAAUGCAAAAGCUUUUCUGUAUCUUUUUCUGCUUGCUGUAGCCCACAGAGAGAGCUUUUAGUACCACGCAUAUUCUGAGAGAAUGUGUUCAGUUUCUCUUUGGACCCAUAAAUCACAUUCCAGUUCCACCCUAGUAUUCAAUAUCCUUUAGGUAAGAAGUUUUUCUUUCCAAGAUCAUGAGGCUCCUCACUUUAUCUUACCUGAUCAUGAAGAACAGUUUUACAGUUACUUGUAUGAAAUCUUUUUUAUCAGCCUAAAACACGGGUUCCAUAAACUGGUAAAUACUAAUUUUUGGAUAGGACAAUUCUGCCAAGAGGAAUAGCUCAGCUUAUAUAUGUCUGAUAUGACUGGCUUUCAAAACAUAAUGGGAAUGAAGAAAUUAAUGUACUGCAUAUACUGCCCCUGGAUCAUAAAAAUGGCGACCCAAAAGGGUUUAUCAGUAGGGUGGAUCAUUUUGAAUGCCUACCUUUCAGAAAAACAAAUAUAAUUUUGAGUUUCAUUCUCCCUGCUGAAAAUACUCAUAUGCAUUCCAGAAUGGCAAAAUUUAUUUUGCAAUUUAAAUUCAGAAAGUCAGAAUUUCACUGUGUAUUAAAAUCCAUGGCCAUUUCCACUUCUGCUGAUGAUUUUCAUUGGCUCAGCUUCAGAUCUCCUCUGCAUGAAGACUCCGGGCCACAAAAGGCACAUGGAUAAAAAUAUUCACUCCGCUCAUCGUGGUGGAUCCACUUGCUCCAAAGGACUGAAGAUAUAGCAAUGUACAGAAAUAAAGAGUAUGGAAAUCCUU